AUGGGGCUCUGCGACUGCUUGGGCGAGUGCUGGGACGACUGCAAGUGGGCAUUAGCGUGCCUCGCCGCCGUCGCCGCUGUCAUCAUCAUCGCCGUCAUGGUCGCCGCCUACAGCUUCGCCGUCCAGCCAUCCAUCACCGUCGAGGACGCCUCGCUGACCAGGUUUGCGCUGGCGACCACCCCGGUGACCUCGCUCGGGUACAACCUCUCCCUGAAGCUCGUCGUUCGCAACCGGAACUGGGCGACGACCAUGAAGAACACGGAGCCGCUGGAGGCGGCGUACAAGUUCGACGGGCAGCAGUUCGAGCGCGUGCAGGUCGCCGACAAGGGCGACAAGCACGGCCCCAGGAAGACCCGGGUGUACCGCCUCGUCACGGGCCAAGAGAGCGGCUACGUGGCGCUGGGCAACGCCGGCGUCGCCGCGUACAAGGAGCAGAACAAGACGGGGGAGUUCGAGCUGGAGGUGGCGGUCACCGGCGAGGUGCGGUACACGCUGCAGCUGAAGAAGAACAAGCUGGCGGGGACCUGCAAACUCAAGCUUAAGCUCGACUCGCCGGCGACGGCCUCCGUUGUGUUCGAGAGGGUGAAAUGCAAGCUCGAGAAGGAGAAGAAGGACAAUGAGUAG